AUUGGGAAAUUUGCAAUCGAUUUAAGUGCAAGCCUUUUCCCACGCGUCCAGACUUUUUCCAAAUUUUUAAAUUAUUUUAUAAGAGUCGAAAUUCAUGUAGAAGUAAUUGAAUAUUGAAGCAAUUCAUGUGGAUUUAUUGCUAAGAAUGCUCCUAAUCCUACGGCUCGCAUUCUGGAUGACAUCAGUUCUCCUAAGGAUAUCCCAACCAUUUUUCUGGUUUCGGCAUCGUAAGCAGCCCCAGAAAAUACCACCGACAUCCAAUCCUCUUCUUCAAUUGAGUGCUAGUGAAUUAGCGAAAAAAAUUCGCCUGCGUCAGGUAUCAAGUGAGGCUGUGGUAACUGCCUACAUCGAGAGAAUAAAGCAAGUGAAUCCCGUUGUCAAUGCAGUCGUUGAUCAUCGGUACGAAGAUGCCAUCAAGGAAGCACAAGAAUGUGACAAAAUUUUCGACAGUGGUGAAGUCACUAUUGAUUAUAUUGUCACCAAUAAACCAUUAUUUGGUGUACCCUUCACAAUUAAAGAAAGUUGUGCAGUGAAAGGUCUCAGUUUCACUGGCUGUACGACGAUGCGACGUGGAAUCAAAGCAGAUGAAGACUGUCUCGCUGUAAUAAAAAUGAAAAAUGCAGGUGCAAUCGCUCUGUGUGUAACAAAUACUCCAGAAUUAUGUUGUACUUUUGAAACUACUAAUUUCGUUUACGGUACUACAACCAAUCCGUACGAUGGAAGACGAUCAGCUGGUGGUUCUUCUGGAGGCGAGGGUGCCCUUUUGGGAGCUGGUGCAUCACUCAUAGGUGUUGCUUCUGAUACAGCUGGAUCUAUUCGACUUCCGGGUCUCUUCAACGGCAUCUUUGGACAUAAACCCACACCCGGAGUAGUGCCACUCGAAGGUCAUUAUCCACUGAUCAAUGAUUGCAAAUUUCAAAAGUACCUGGUCCUUGGCCCGAUGGCGAGGUACACCGAGGACCUGAUGCUGGCGUUCAAGAUCAUGUCCGCAGGGUGUAAGCAGAACUUAAGACUAGAUGAGCCCGUCGAAUUGUCCAAGCUCAAGGUAUUCUACAUGGAGAGUAUUGACACUUUCGGAUUGACGCCUACUAAUGAAGACACCAGAAGUUCAAUUCGUCGAGCUCUCAAGCAUUUUGAAAAACGAGGUGCAAGAGUCAGCAAGCCCGAACUUGAGGGAAUCACUGACAUUUGUGAAUUGGGAAUUGCAGCUUUCCUCGAUAUAGAGGAGAAGCUGACGUUUUUGAUGAAUCCCAACAAUAAAGAGGAGCGGGUGAAUUCAACGAUUGAAUUCAUGAAAUCCCUACUAGGAUUAUCCCAAUACAGUAGGCCAGCAAUUGUGAUGACUAUGUUUCAGGAUAUGAACGGGUUCAUGACUCUAUCAGAAGUGCCGAAAUACAUGAGAAAAAUGGAGGAAUUGAAGCUCACGCUUUUGGAUCUCCUCGGAGAUGACGGUGUGUUUUUGUAUCCAACAUUCACCGGUGCAGCUCCACUUCUCGGCCAAACAAUGAUGCACUCAACAGCUGCAAGCUAUUCUUUACUGUGUAAUGCCCUAGGUUUCCCCUCGACUCAGAUACCCAUGGGACUGAAUGCCCGAGGUCUCCCCACGGGAUUCCAGGUGUUCGCUGCUCCACAUCAGGACCGUCUGUGCCUGGCCGUAGCUGCAGAAUUAGAGCAAGUGUUUGGUGGCUGGAUACCCCCCACCACUGCUAAUUAUUCUGACGAUAUUUUAUAAUUCGUAUCAAAAUGUCGAAUACAUAAUAGGUUGUUUAUUGCGUGGAAAAAUAAAGAGAGUACAAGAUCGUA